UGCUGGGCACCGGCGGGCCGCUAGCCAGCGCGUCGUGCCCGCAGAGGGAGAGCGGCGCGGAGCGGGAGUGCAGGCAGCCAGCCGGCUGCAUGGCGCGCUGCGAGCGGCUGCGCGGCGCGGCCCUGCGCGACGUGCUGGGCCGGGCGCAGGGGGUCCUGUUCGACUGCGACGGAGUGCUGUGGAACGGGGAGCGCGCCGUGCCUGGCGCCUCGGAGCUAGUGGAGCGGCUGGCGCGGGCGGGGAAGGCGGCACUGUUCGUGAGCAACAACAGUCGGCGCGCGCGGCCGGAGCUGGCCGUUCGCUUCGCGCGCCUCGGCUUCGGGGGGCUGCGCGCGGAGCAGCUCUUCAGCUCCGCGCUGUGCGCCGCGCGCUUGCUGCGCCAGCGCCUGCCCGGGCUGCCAGACGCGCCGGGCGCCGUAUUCGUGCUGGGCGGCGAGGGGCUGCGCGCCGAGCUGCGCGCCGCUGGCCUACGCCUGGCGGGGGACCCCGGCGAGGACCCGGGUGCGACCCCGCGCGUGCGCGCCGUGCUCGUGGGCUACGACGAGCACUUCUCCUUCGCCAAGCUGAGCGAGGCGUGCGCGCACCUGCGCGACCCCGACUGCCUGCUCGUGGCCACCGACCGCGACCCGUGGCACCCGCUCAGCGACGGCAGCCGGACCCCCGGGACCGGGAGCCUGGCUGCUGCUGUGGAGACGGCCUCGGGACGCGAGGCCCUGGUGGUGGGCAAGCCCAGCCCUUACAUGUUCGAGUGCAUCACGGAGCACUUCCGCGUGGACCCCGCCCGCACCAUCAUGGUGGGCGACCGCCUGGAGACCGACAUUCUCUUCGGCCACCGCUGUGGCAUGACCACCGUGCUCACACUUACGGGCGUCUCCCGCCUGGAGGAGGCCCAGGCCUACCUGGCAGCUGGCCAGCACGACCUCGUGCCCCAUUACUAUGUGGAGAGCGUCGCGGACUUAAUGGAAGGGCUGGAGGACUGAGCCCACCUGACCUGCAACCGCAGCCCCACCUCUUCCCCACCCUGAUCCCAUAGAUGGAGGUGAUGGGCCUUGAGCUGCAUUAAGUGCUACUGGCUCUCUGGCCCCAGUUUCUACAUCCUGGUGGGUCUGGGACCCAGGGAAGGUUUUAGGGCCCUAGCACCCCCUCCCAGCAGUAGCUGGGCACUCUUUGCUGUCACAAAAGCUGGCCCCUUUCCGCCACCAGUUUGCCCUGGCCCGACCCAUCCAGGUGGCCUUAUUUCCUGCCCUGUGACCUGUGACCCUGUGAUUUCAACCCUUGUUGAAAUCGGGGCCCUGAUGCUCACUGAAGAUUUCCCCCAACCCUGAGCACUUAACUCCCUCACCCCUCCCUGGGGCCUCUAGAGCUCUACCUGCUCCCCAGGUCGUGGCCUUGGGGUCCUGUUGACCAAUUAGAGGUCUAGGUAACCACAAACCAUUAUUGUCCUGAGCCCUGAAUGGACCAAUCAGAAGUCUAAGUCAUAGUGAUUCAUGGAUGUUGGGUCCUCCGUAGACCAAUUGGGAGCCUAAAUAACAAUGACCCUUUGAUUUCCUGGAGCCUGAAUGGACCUAUCAAAAAGUUAAAUGACAGUGACCCUUUUAUGUCCUAGAUCCUGGGUAGACGAGUCAGGACAGCAGGUAAUAAUGACCCACUGAUCUCCUAGAUCCUGAAAAGAAGAAUCCAGUAGCCUUAGAGACAGUGGCUUCUGGACUACCUGGAUCUGAUUGAACCAACCAGGGGUCCAGAUUUUUGUUAAUAAGUAAGGGUCCACAUGCUAAAGGCACCCCUCCACAAAGACUGCUAUCCAGGGGGCCACUCAGCAGCUCUGGGAGCUUCUAUAGCUGAGAGCCCCACCCUCCCCUGAUCAUGAUAACCAGUCCAGUGUUGGUGGCCACAGCUCGGAAUGGGGGUGUUUGCCUCCCUCCCUGUGCUGUCAGUGUUUGCUGUGCCACUUCUCCCCUGUGCCUGUCCCAGCUAUUUAUUUAUUAUCGUGUGCCCGUGAUGGUGGGGGUGGGGGCUGGGCCUUCUCUGCCACCUCCACCCCCGUUGUAACCAGUCCUCCCGUACUUAAUUAAUAAAACGCAAGUGGGAGUGUC